CUUCUACUUGAAUGUGGGUGAUGACGCCAGUGUUGAUUGUUUGAUCCCGCAGAUGUUUCUCAUGCGCCUCUGUUGGCGGAAGUAGCCGUUUGACAGCGAAUGACGUCACACGUAUGCCUACGCAAACACUGAUGUGUCUAUGGAAGGCGACUCGAGUCCUCACAGAAGUUGGUCCCCUAAACUUCAUAGCAACGAUGUUGCAAAUAAAAAACCGUAUCAAAUAUUCCUCAGUGGGCAUUGCUUCAUCCCGGUUGCUGUCGUCUGGACCUGUCAAGAAUCCCGUUUUGUAUUUGGACAUUGAGGCUGACGGCGAACCUCUUGGAAGAAUUAUCAUAGAGGUUAACGCAGAAGUAGUGCCCAAGACUGCAGAAAACUUCCGCGCACUGUGCACUGGGAAACCUGGUUUUGGAUACAAGGGUUCAGUGUUUCACAGAAUAAUACCCGAGUUCAUGUGCCAGGGAGGACAUUUUACCAAUCACAACGGAACAGGAGGGAAAUCAAUCUAUGGCACUAAUUUUGCAGAUGAGAACUUUAAAUUGAAACACACCUGUCCAGGAACCUUGUCGAUGGCAAAUACAGGGCCGAACACCAACGGCUCGCAGUUUUUCAUUAGUACUGUUAAGACAGAAUGGUUGGACGGUAAGCAUGUGGUGUUCGGUCAAGUCACGGAGGGCAUGGAGGUCGUGACCAAGAUGGAGGCGUUCGGUUUGCACGACGGAGGCGUGCUCAAGAAGAUCGCCAUCGUCGACUGCGGGCAGAUGAACUGACAUUGUUCUUUUUCUGAUCAGAGGUGACGGUUAAUCAAGCCAUUUCAAAUGGACCACCACCAGGGCACUGUACUCCUGGGACAAUCAGAACAAACACAGUGUUCGUCUUUUACUACAUUUCUAUUGAAGUUGCCCGAAGGCGUAUCGAAAAAUGUUCACUCCAUACUUUCUCUUGAACUUUUGGCCCGCCGCACAGCGUUGGUCCUGAUAGUGUGCAACUAUCCAUCCCACUUUCAAUCAAACUUCCUGGAAAUGAGCCAACUGCUUUUUUUAGAAACUGGACCUCUUCCUGUCCAUGAGGAAAGGAUGCCUUCAGGUCCCAUUUAUCAGGAAGUGCUUGACUGUGUGUCAACUUAUUUAUCUUCACAUGCUGUUUGUCAUGCAUUCGUAAGCCAAUCUCUUGCAAUUUAAAGUUAAAAUCUACAACAAAUCUGUGGGAAAAUUCUAGAAAUGUGGACUGUUGCCUGAUUGGCCAGUGUAAGAUUAUUUAAUCAUUGUUCAUUGUUUUGAGAAGCCAGUUUGAAAUGUGUUUGUGUUUGUGGAUCAGUCCUUUACCUCGAUAGCUCGGAGGUACCUUUUGGCCUGACGGCGCCAGAGGCUGUUGCUGCUUAUCGAGCUAAUACUUAAUGAAAGUAAAUAAUGAAGCAACGUGAAAGAGCAGAAUCCCCUGCUCCUAAGCGAAACCAUAUGCACGCUGACCUUCCACCGUUUGUUUGAGUUCUACGAUUACAUUGUCGCCAUGGUGACAUUUUCCCAGUUCUCACUGUUUAAGUUAGCGAGAUGUUGUAACAAACUUGAUAUAAUUUGCGUCUCCACCCUCUGGUUAGGUUUGAGCUAUUUGGAAUGCACGUCCAAUAUUGAGCUGCGGAAACUUGGCAAGACAAAAGCAAGAGCAGCAGCCAAAUUUUAAGAGACAUGCAAAACAAUAACAUCUUUGUUAUGCUGAUUUGAACGUUGUUAAAGUCUAGAUUCUGUCAGUUUGGCUGCAUUCCAUUGCUGUCAUUUUCCUUUUUUUAUGUAUACAGAUCUAUCCUCGCCUUUCCACUGAGUUCAAAUAUGUGCCAAACUCUAACGUUCUCAAUGUCUCGAUAUCAAUAUCUCAAACGUGUGGUGGUGAGUUUCACCUGAGUGGUCUUACAAGAUGAGGGGGAAUCAAUCUUUUACAAGGCCCUUCCAGCACAUGACCCAACUGCCAUAUUUAAACCAUUAGCAAUGCCCUUCCUCAGAGCGGUUUACAGCGCACGCCACCUAGAAUGCAGACAUGCUAGCUGAGGGGGAGGAAGAGGGGAAAAUGGCACGCAUUGUCCAUACUAAUAUCAGAUAGGAACUGGGAGUCGUCCAGCAUAAAGCUCAAGUGGAGUCGGUUGGAAACACCUAGUUACUACAACAGAACCUAAACAAAAAAAACUGAAGUAAAAUAACCAUAUGAAAAGCGUAUCUCAUUCAUCACAACUUUUUAUUCGACCAACAGAUCUAAAGCACUAGUGUUUGUUACGCAAACUCUAACAAAUAAGGCACAUUUUGGAAUGCCAUUUUCAUGGACAUGAAAACCAGACCUGGUGGGCAACGUUGUAAGCUUGACUUUCCUUGUGUGCCAAACAGCAUCUGUGUUCUGUCCAAUUCAAAUACAAGCACUUUCACAACAUCACAAUGAAAUAUGCUAAAUGAUAAACAACAGAGCACACACGCACAAACACACACACGACUUUCCAAUUGAACGGCAUUGGUGUGUUAACAGAUUAAAAUCGGUAAAUAGGGAUUAAGCUGGAUAAACUACAUUAUCAGUAGGCUAAAUUAGAUAUUUUGUGGAUAGUAACAAUCUUGGAAUUACUGAGAAUGUUACAUACAGAUCCAAAUACUACACUAUGUAGAACUUAAAUAGGUACACAUUGCACAACAUAAAAUGGAAUUAGAAAUAAACAUGCGCAUGCAAACUCCAUAGAAGUGUGUAUAAGUACACACGUCCUUGACUAGUGAAAUCAUUGUACAUUUAAAUAUCCUUGUCAUUGUUGCUUUUAGCAAACUAUAGCUCACAGUUGAACAUGCUUAUACAGAGGGGGAAAUAAAACAAGUUAGACUGCAUGUUGACACAAUAUACUUUCAUAACACUGACAUUAACGUAUUCAAAUUGAAUACAUUGUACUCUAUGGAUGGAAGGGGCGACUGGUAAGGAUAAUUAGAUCAUAAAAGACAAAUAUAUCAUAGGUUAUGUAAUACUGAUAAAGCAAAAGGAAACAAAACACAAAUACAUUGAAUACAACUGAGACAGUAUUAACUAUGUACCAACUUUUAACAUUUUAUGUAGACAUCAAUAUUUCCUUUUUAGUGUAACUUGAUGCAUAUUCUAUACAAAAAGUGUAAAAAAUGUUUCCAUAAAUAUAUCUGUUGGACAGGCCCUUCAGAUUAUUGAAAAGAACAUAAAAAAAAACCUCCCAGCUUGGUUUACUUUUCAUCAAUGGCCCUUCUUCACAUAAAAGCUUUAAUAUUGCAUUAGACUAUAUAAGGGCUCCUCUUUGAAAAUAAUGGCCUUUAAAUAUAUACAUAACAGUCAUUUGCAAAUAUCUUUGUCAGGGAAAAAAACUUGGGUUUUUCUUUUGCAAAUUGCUUAAAAAUUGUCAACAUCUAUAAAGGUUUCCAAAAUACACAUCUUGUUCAUAUAAAAUAAAAAAUACAUUUUAACCGAAAAUGUACUAGAAAAGUCAAGUAAAGUCAAGACAACAUACUUCUGAAAGCAGAUAUUUUUUUUUACAUCUUUGCUUGGUAUAAAGUUCUUACAUUUGCUUGUGAUUCGGCACCUAAAUCUUAUUACAUACUCUGUUUAUCUUGAUAGCAUGAAAACUUUUUUACACGUUUUCACAUGGCUUCAUUGGUAUCCAUGGUUAUGUUUUUACAUCACAGUCAGGUAUUAGCGCUUAAAGCAGUGAGUUUCAGAUGAUAAUGAAGGAGACGGUGAGUUCAUCAGUCUUGUUAAUGUUAUCAUCGCAACGAGUUCAGGUCGAAGUUAUACGGUGCUAAAAUAUAUAUAUAUAUCAUAUAUAUUGUUCCCAACGAUGUAUGAGUCCUUGAUUCGUCCUUCUGCUUAUGUUCUACUGACGUGCGGUACAUCACUUUCACAUGCAUAUUACUUUCCUCUGUGUCCAGUCAUUCGAUUUACAAAACAUUCUCUUUUAAAUGUUUCUCACAAUUUGACCCAACAUUCAUGAGUGCCAACAUCAAGUGAAGCUUCCCCCACGAGUAUGGCUCCUUAUAAAACUAAAUCUGUUCAUGGUUACCAUGAUCACAAUAGGGGCAAAUAAAAAAAGCUCCAGAUGCACAAGUGAGGUUCACAGCUUCAUUUGAAAAAGUAAUAAAACUGAAAAGAUUUUCUGUGGAGAGGAUUGACAUAACCAUAACAUCUCUGUUGAUACUCCAUGACAACAAACUGCACUUGGUUUUUAAGUGCCGGUUGGAGGUGCUGAAUUCGAUCAGGGUCCAACACCACCCGCUGCCAGUUCCAACUGUAACUUCCAAUUAGCAUACAUAUUGUAGGGUUUUCAAUAGCCAAACCCACAAAUCUGAUGAUAACUUGACCCAAAGUCAAUCUUCAUCCCAAUUACCGCAUGAAUGACCAUGAAUGCAAAAUCGGCACUUGGUGUACUCUAUAGAAUUGUUGGAAACACAAUAUUCUGCCUGGCAUUUCUGAGCCACGCAACUUUCUUUACGGCACAUGAACAUUAAGGUUAGGUUGGGUCAAAGCCCAACAUUUUGUAGAAAAUAUUUGUGGACUGCUUGUCCAAGGCAUCUCUAGUGAACAAAUGUAAUGUGUCUCAAUUGUAUGAAUGUUGGCCAUGGCUAUCCCACCAAUUAUCUCUCAAACAUUGUGAAAAAGUUGUGUAGGACUUGUAAACAGAUAGUACCUCACUUCCAUUCAAGACAUUGGUUCAUAAAAGGAGCCAACUUAGUGUAAACAUUCAUAGUCACUUUCUAUAUCUUCUGGUUAUCAAAUCUGAUCAUUCCUGGACCACGUUUCUUCUCGCCUCUUCAUGGAUCAUUUCAUUUCUCCAGCUCAUCUCCUCUCUUCUCCACAUUCUCAGCACUGCAGUGCAGCCAGCUAUUGGAAGUUCUUUAACAGACAUAAAGCUCCGGGAGAAACACAAAGUCUCUUUGCUUCAUGUUCCUUGCAGCCAUAUGGCUCUCGGUUUCAUCGAGAGGCACCGGGACUUCUCCAAAGUCUCUAAAACGACUAAUAUCUCGAAUAGCAUGGUUAGUAUCUAAUCUGCGUUUGCAUGAGUUUUCAAGCAGUUUAGAGUCAUCUUUUGAAGCAUAUAAUGACAAGGAUUCAUGAAUCCGACUUUUGAUUAUUAGUAAGCAAAACAUUGACAUGACUGACUAUAGAGAAACGAUAAUGAUUAUUGCACUGCCGUCCAUGACGAGAAAAACUAAACGAAUCUGCUUGUGUAUCGAGUUUAAAUUGAAUGUACUGUAGGUAAUCAUGGUUUCGUGUGGCAACAUAGGUAUUUACAGAGGGUUAAUGAAGUGAUAAGUAAAGCACUAAAAUCUAACUAAAUCUACACGAAGCCUCUAAGUCCUACAGCAGUCGCUAAACAACGGGGAAGCGAUUAAGGCAGUGAUAGAGAUACACUUCUAUAUUUCCCAGUUAGAACGUUCAAAUUGCACACUAUAUUUCAAAUAAACAGGAAAAAACUAAAUAAAUAGGCCAAUUGUAAGCCAGGGAUGCAUGGCGUAUUAUCCCUCAUUUAAUUCACAGUUGAUAAGAUGUGCUGUUGACCCUAAUACGAUUCUGACACUAAAAGGGGCCUCACAUACAUUAUAUACCAAAGUCAAUGAGGCUCCCAUUACCACACGCAUUUAUAUACCACUCGUUUUGACGCAGAUUUACGUAAACAUAAAACAAACCAAACCCCCGAAAGUGAUGAAAUACUUGGACUCGUUCUUAACGGAAGAGAUAUUCCAGCACACACAGUUGUGUGUCUGCUUAGAUACUUCAUGAUUCAAGGAAUUUCCACACUUUAACUGUGGAUCUGUUGGGGGGUUCUGGUAUGAUUUUCGAUACCCUGUGAUGUCGCAGUGACUGUAUUUCUAUAUUUUUUAUAGUUUUUCACAGUGACCAUUUUCUGUUGCUUUGAAUUAUCAACGUCUUCGAGAAUCAACCCCAAUUCUGGGGUCAUCCUUCUUCUCCAUAUUCCCCCAAACCCCCACCACAACCACCCACCACCCACCAAUGGAGAGUUUGGACAAACACCUUCUGCUCUACCGCACACGCGCGCGCGGGGGGGGUCUUAGUAGUGAGAAUAUUGCAGAUUGUUGAGCCCAAGCAAAGGCCUUAAUAUUCAUAGUUACAGAAUAAAAAAAAAAAAGUAAGAUGCAGAAAAAACGUGAGGGAAGGCCUAUGUGUGUGAGUGUAUGUGUCUGUG